AAUAAAACCUACGUUUUAAAGGCACAACCAAGAAACCAAUCCAGGGGAGAAAUGAUUCUGUGUAUCCCACCUAGACAGACACUCUCCUUCUCUGGCACAAAUGCUUCCUUUUUCAGCACACCUGGGUGGUUAUAAACCAGACCAUGCAGUGUACCCAAUAGGGAGCCUUGCUUGAGUUGACUUGGUUUUCAUUUCUGAAGCCACCCUUUGCUUUGUGAGUUGUGACAGAGUGAAACACAGUUUUGAAGAGUGAAAGAGUGCAACUUUCAUUGUUUUGAAGGAGAUGGGUGACUCUUCGUGUCUAAUGAGGUCGUUUUCUGGGCCUUCUGAGCGUUCCGGUGAAGUCAAAGAGGGGGGCCUCCUUCGGUGUCUAGGAGAAUCAGUCUCAUUCGGUAGGUAUGCUUCAGAACCUCUUGAUUGGGAAAAAUGGUCGACAUUUUCUCACAAUCGGUAUCUGGAAGAAGUGGAGAAGUUUUCCAAACCGGGCUCGGUUGCACAGAAGAAAGCCUACUUUGAAGCUCACUACAAAAAGAAGGCUGCUGAGAAAGCAGCAGCUUUGGCUGAGGUCGCAAAUACUUAUGAUAGCAAAGAACCCGAGUCAGUUUCUAUGCACAAGAGUUGUCAAAGCUCCUCUGUCAACAUGGAGUUGGCAAAUGGAGAGAGCCAGAUGGUUGAGGAAAAUAUAGUUCCAAGUACUGAGGUGGUAUACUCAGCUGUUGUGAAUGACCACAAUCCAGAUGUUGAAGGGACUCAAUUGGAAAAUGCAAAGGUGGAUGGAGCAGAGGUGGUCAUUCAAGAAAGUGUUACUGUGGAGGAUGCUAUUCAGGUUGAGGUGGAGAAUUCUAUUCAGGAUGAAAUGGAUACUUCGAUUCAGGUUCAGAUGGAGAGUUCUACUCAAGUUGAAAUCUCAAACCAGUUUGAAAAUGACCAAAAAGAGAUUGUUAACGGUGCCACCCAAGAAGAGAAGAUGCCUAAUAAGGAAGCUGCGAGUGAGGAAAAUCUAGCUUCAACAAGCAAGAAAAGAUCGGUGAACUCUUCUGCCUCAAGGUUAUCUACUCAAUGUAGAGUGUCCAAGAUCCAAUCUUUUCCUGUCAAACAACUUGCUGGUGUUCCAACUGGAAAGAAGAACAAUGCCACCCCAAAGAGUAAGAAUUCUGAGGCUGACUUAGUUGACAAGAGGAGAUCAACAAAAAAAUCACUCCACAUGUCAAUCAAUUUCAGCUCUCAUGCUGGUGAAACCAGUAAAAUAACUUCGCCGGUCCUGGAGAAGAUAAAAAACUUAAGAGUUGAUGCUACUGCACUUAAUGUGCCUGUUAAAAACUCAGCUUCCCUACAAACUGCAACUAGGGCAUCUGUUAAUGGGGUAUUGAAGCAAUCUUCAGUAAACCCAUGGUCCAAAGAUAGAAGGGCAAAAACAGUACUUAAUAAGUCAGUAACUGGGAGUGUAGCUGCAGAUGGGGUAUGCAAGUCACCCUCAAAAGAUCAAUCUCUUGCUGCAAAUGGAAGCAAACCACGAGGUCCUAUCAAGUCCUGUCCUUUUAGCCUUAGGAGUGAAGAAAGAGCAGCAAAACGGAAAGAGUUCUUUCAGAGGCUGGAAGAGAAGAAAAAUGGAGAGACAGAAAGUAAGCAGCUUCCAAUGAGAUCUAAUAAGGAAAAAGCAGUGAAUGAUGUUAAAAAAUUGCGUCAGAGUACAGGCUUAAAAGCCAAAGAUCUGUCUUCUGGAUCACAAUUGCUAAAUAAUAAAGUGAAGAAGGUUCCACCGACCCGGAGUCAGUCACAGAAACUCGAGAGGCAGUCUACUACCAGCAAGGUCUUGGACCCAAGCACUCGUCCUUCAGUCAAUUCUCACAGCUCUAAGCAUGUCACACAGAAAUAUAACCCAAGGACCAGUCAGUCAGUCACUUCCCUUCCAAAGAAGAAUGCUCAUGAGAAUUCUUCUCCCAAUAUUCAGAGUUGAGGAUGUCUAGUGACGGAAUAUAUACGUAUAUGAAUGGAGAUUAAUUCACCCACAGCCGGUUAACACACCCUUAACUACUUUCAGUAACUAUGCAACUAGAAUUUCUUCAUUGGCAGAUCUGUUGAGUUCUGCCAACUAGAGAUUACAUUCCCUAUGGCUUAUCUCUUGUUUCUA